UAGGAGUCGGACGCUCGGGCCGUUUUUGUCAGUUUAUUUCCAGGCUUAGCCAAGAACACGGCUAGUGAAUAUAGGUUUUUCCACAUAGCUAGAAAACAGUGUUUUUCAAUUUACACAAUUUUAGCUAGGAACACGUUAUAUAGGCCGGGUGCUAUUUAUAUUUUUGAUAUUUUCCAAAUGGAUUCGAAACGCGCGGCUCUUGAAACCGGCGACGGUCCAGAUGCAAAACGAAAGGGUGGCUCCGAGGAUCAGAACCAGCCCCAGGGGACGCCGGCAGGCGACGGAACUCAGCUCGCUCUUGACAAACAUGUGCCUCCCUACACGGGGAACGGAUGCACUCCCUCCCUGGAGACAUUCUUGUUCGAGACAACUCCCGCUGGCAGCCAAUUGGUGCCAUGGAACUCUGCCCCCGAUGGACCAGCUUCCGAUAACGAUGUCGAGUUGGAGAAAAGCACCAGUGAAAAAAAACCUGACCAUGCCAAAAUGUCCCGUAGGGAGCUGGCCAAACUGCGACGCGAGCACACUUUAAAGGCUCUCGCUCUUGAACGCGAGUUGACCACCAAGCCGGGACAAGAAACCACAACGGUGGUUCUGCUCAUACGCUUCCCAGACCCCGAGAUCACUGCACCCAUGCUAGCCGGGCUGUCGAAGGAGAUUCGGGACGUUGUUCUGCCCAUCAGUGUGGCUCCUCGAUACUGUCUAGUGCACUUGAGGGCCGGUGCCGAUGUAGAGGCCACCAUAGCUGACAUCAAUAAGGUGCGCUUCGGUAGCGGGUACCUGAAGGCGGAGGUCAAGCCCUUUUCCGACGAGGAGCAGGCAGAGUUUAUUGAUCCGUGCUCACUGUACGUAAGCAACAUACCCUUCAACAUGACCACAUCGGCCAUCAAAGCCUACUUCGCCAAAGCCAUGCGGGUGGACAUCGGGGUGCUGAAGCGCGAAAAACGCGCUCGCUAUGCUUUUGUUCGCUACGCCACUCCUGAGCAAACUAUGGAAGCAUUUAAGGAGCUAGUAGACUCUCCGCUCAACAACCGUACGCUAACGGUCCGCUACCGGCGACUUCGAAAGCGUGCCGGCCUGCCAACAGUGCAGUGCACCAGCUCUUUUCAGGCAAUCCCAUCACCAAGUGGCGACGACGACAACGCCGACUGCAAGGUCAUAUCUCCCCCUCCUGUUGAGUCUAUCAUCAUCAGCGACAGCGACAACUGCUCGGAUUCCAGUGGCAAUGUGAAGGGUAGACGUAAACGAAAGAAUAAGAUGAACGAGCAGGAGAGGGAGAUUCAGAAGCUUAAGCGACAAAUGGCCGAGUACGGUGCAAUCAUAAAGAACUUGCAAAUCAGACAGGACAGCUUGGGAGAUUCAUUUAUACCUGAUCUAACGCCGAAAAUAGAGCCGUGCGUGAAUCCAUCAGCUUGUAUGCUAGGAUCCAAUACGGUACAUCUUAUGCGCGAUAUCAAGACGGAGCGUGAUUACUUGGGAAUCCCCGAGAGUAGUAACCCCAACCCCGUACCGGCUAGCAAGCCGACCGCUUCAUCUGUAGAUGACAACCGGAAGAAGCCCAAAACAAACUGUUUCGGGCGACUGCUUUCAGGUCCCUUCAGACAACGCAAGAGUGACGCCAAGCAGACCGCUAACAAGUACGAGUCCUUAAGGGUCUCCCCGGAGAAGGAUGACCGUCUUGAGGAGCUGUACGCCCAGCUGGAGUGCGAUCCUGAUCCUUAGGUUGUCAUGCUAAAGCCUACCAAAUUACUCGUCGUAGGCGACAAACAAUAAUAAUUUAGUUUACUUUUUAUUGGA